AUGUAUUCUUUUACAACUUUUAACACCUAUAUUAAAGCUGAUAUUUAAAGUUAAUGCUCAAACAUUAAUUUUUAAGUGAUAUCAAAAAGAUCUAAAAUAUAACCUGCUUCUUAAAUUGGAUGGUCUUAAUAAUUGGUUAAUAUUAAUCAGCCGGAAAUUGUUCUCAUACCUUCAACAACAGGAAAUUUUGUGAAUUCAUCAUAAUAUGUGAAAAUACUUACAGAUUUUGAAUAUAAAGAAUUUAAAUAUUGA